UUUCUAGGAUGACAAGACAAAGGCAUGGAAGAGUUUGAUCAAUAUUGCAGUAUCAGGUGCAGCUGGAAUGAUAGCAAAUCAUCUACUUUUUAAACUUGCUUCAGGUGAGGUUUUUGGACCAGAUCAACCAAUUACCUUGAAAUUACUAGGCUCUGAGAGAUCAUUCCAAGCUUUAGAAGGAGUGGCUAUGGAACUAGAAGAUUCCUUAUAUCCUUUAUUGAGGGAAGUUAACAUCAGUGUAGAUCCUUAUGAGGUGUUUCAGGAUGCAACGUGGGCACUUCUGAUUGGUGCAAAGCCCAGAGGCCCUGGAAUGGAGCGAGCAGGCUUACUGGAUAUUAAUGGGCAGAUUUUUGCACAACAAGGAAAAGCACUUAAUGAGGUCGCAUCACCAAAUGUGAAAGUCAUAGUCGUUGGUAACCCAUGCAAUACAAAUGCGCUCAUUUGUUUGAAGAAUGCACCAAAUAUACCUGCCAAAAAUUUCCAUGCUUUAACCAGGUUGGAUGAGAAUAGAGCCAAAUGCCAGCUAGCCCUCAAAGCUGGUGUGUUUUAUGAUAAAGUGUCAAACAUGACUAUUUGGGGAAAUCACUCAACUACCCAGGUUCCUGACUUUUUGAAUGCUAAAAUCAAUGGUAUGCCAGUGACUGAAGUUAUCACUGAUAUAAAAUGGUUAAAGGAAGAGUUCACUGAAAGAGUGCAGAAGCGUGGAGGUAUCCUUAUCCAAAAAUGGGGAAGAUCUUCUGCGGCAUCUACUGCCGUUUCCAUCGUCGAUGCCAUAAGGUCCCUUGUUACUCCCACUCCAUCAGGCGAUUGGUUCUCAACGGGGGUCUACACAACGGGAAAUCCUUAUGGCAUAGCAGAGGACAUUAUUUUUAGCAUGCCAUGCAGAUCAAAUGGAGAUGGCGACUACGAACUAGUGAAGGACGUGAUCUUUGAUGAUUACCUUUGGGAGCGUAUAAAAAAGACUGAGGCCGAGCUUCUUGCUGAGAAGAGAUGCGUAGCGCAUCUCACUGGAGAGGGCAACGCUUACUGUGAUCUUCCUGAGGACACCAUGCUUCCUGGAGAACAGUAGGACCAUUCAUGAUCUGUCUGAAUCAACUCAUAGUAAGUCAAACUUUCUGAGAGGUUGUCAAAAGGGAAUCUAAUUGCUUUACUUAGACAUGAGAACGAUGCAUAAGUGCUCGAUAUGAGGUAAACAAAUAGCAUAUGGGAUGUUCUUUACCACGGUAAUGGACAGUGGACACGAACGAGUAACAAGUUUAUUAAAUCUGAGAUAAAGCGAGGGCACACAAACCUCCUUAUCAGCGACA